AUGGCUGUCGCGAGGCCGGUCAGACUGAUAAUAGGAGUCGGCAUUGCUUUAAUUUUGCUUCUUAUCUACCAGACUUCUAGUUCUCCAUCCCUACCCCUUUCGCCAAUCCGGAGACAUAAAUAUGACAACGGGCUUAAGCGCGAACCUUUGAAAGAAUUGACUGGCGAGCCAGAUGGGCCGCUAUGGAGGGCGCAGGGAGACGACUACAGUCCCGAUAAUCCAAAUUCCGCUAGAAUAAAGGCAUCACUCAUUUCUCUGGUACGGAACGAGGAGUUGGAUGACUUGAUUCCAACUAUGAAAGAACUUGAGCGGACGUGGAACUCAAAAUUUAACUAUCCUUGGACGUUUUUCAAUGACAAGCCAUUUACAGAGGAGUUUAAAAGGAGGACGCAGGCGGAAACGAAAGCGAAGUGCAAUUACGAAAUCGUACCAAAAGAGCACUGGGAUGUUCCGUCUUGGAUAGAUAUGGAUAAAUACCAAACCGCCUCCAAGGCCAUGGAGGCAAAUGGCAUACAAUAUAGCACCGUGCUCUCCUACCACAAGAUGUGCCGCUGGAACAGUGGGAUGUUUUAUAAGCACCCUGCCCUAGCGGAUAUGCAGUACUACUGGCGUGUUGAGCCUAAGGUUCGCUUCUUCUGCGAUGUGGACUAUGAUGUCUUCCGAUACAUGCAAGACAGGAACAAGACCUACGGCUUUACAAUCAACUUGUAUGAUGCGCCAGAGACUAUGCCAGGCUUAUGGCCUGAAACUCUCAAGUUUCUCGAAAAGCACCCGGGAUACGUACAUAAGAAUAAUGCCAUGGACUGGUUAACGGACAACAAACAAAGGCCGGAACAUACCAAGAAAGCAAAUGGGUAUUCGACCUGCCACUUUUGGUCGAAUUUUGAGAUAGGUGACCUGUCUUUCUGGAGAAGCAAGGAAUAUGAAGAUUACUUCAACCAUCUUGAUCAGGCUGGAGGAUUCUUCUAUGAACGAUGGGGAGACGCCCCCGUUCAUUCUAUUGGACUGGGCCUGUUUGCCGAUAAAAGCAAAAUUCAUUGGUUCCGAGAUAUUGGAUAUAACCAUAUCCCAUUCCUGAACUGCCCAAACUCCCCUAAAUGCAGGGAAUGUGAAGCCGGUCUAUUUUACCGAGGAGAACCAUUCCUCCAGCUCGAAGAUUGCCGGCCAAACUGGUUCAAAUAUGUCGGAGAAGAUUAA